GUUUCCAUCUGAAACUCACUGAUGUAAACAAAACCACCGUCCAAGUGACAGUAAACAAAACUUUAUCUGCUGACAGCCGCUGAAAGUUUUUGACAAGUUAUCGUCAAAGUUUCAACUAACUAGCAGUCGUAGUUAGUGGCUAACGUACAGCAGUCUUUUUCAAUUUAGAUCUACCGGCAACGUUAAGAUCAAUUUAACAAGAUCCUUUCCAGGCACCUUCACUUUUCUCUGAUGGACCCAUCGGACAAUGUGGGAAACCUCAACCACACGAUGGAGGCUGUGGGACUUAAUGAUGGUCCUGUUCCUAAUGGCUCCACCGGACAGAAAGAUACUUCGCCUACAGACAUGUUGAGAAUAAAACAGCAAAUGUCCAACCAGUGCUUUGAGAUGGCCGUGCAGCUUCAAACAGGAAAAAGUAAGAGAUCGUGCAGCACAUCUGAAGCUGAGAGAGACUUACCAGAUUAUGUCAAUGAACUGGAAAGAGUCAAAACGGAUCAUUUCAACAGCACAAUGACACUGCACAGAAUGCAGAUGUGGCAUGCUAUUGGAGAAAAGCUGAAACAGAAUGAUUUGGAGGCUGAUGCACUGAAAGCUGCAAGCGACCGCUGCAUGGCUCUUUGUUCACGUAUCAAACAACUUCAGAGGGAGUCAAGAGAUCUUCAAGGUGAAAUUACAGAAACGCAAAAGAAGAGACUCGAGAUGAAACGGCUCACACAUGAGAAAAUGAAAGAGAUGGAGGAGCUGACGUCGAAGAGAGAGGACCCAGAUACAGAGAAGUACAAAGCAGCGCUGGAGAAAGGCCGAGCGAACCUGGAGAAAUAUAAAAAGAUGGCCAUCAUGACACAAAACGUCCUUAGGGGCAUCCUCUUGGCCUGUAAAGUCAACUGGCUGGAUGAUCCUCAACUUCGAGACAUCGUCAUGACGCUGGAGGAGUUUCCUACCUCUGACUAGAGAAGGAAUUUAUUCAUAUUUAUAUGUUUCUGUACUGUCUAAUCGAAUAAAACUGUUAAAACCA